AUGUGGCGCCAUCCUAGCGUCGCCGUCCUCGGACAACCGCCGGCAGCGACCCCCUCUUCUCUCUGGAGCAGAGCCACCGCCGUCAAUCCCCUGUUUUCGCCGGACAGGGAGAUGGAGAGCUCCCGAUCGUGCCUCCUCGCGCCCGCAACCUGCACACCUCGCCGGAGCACCAAACCAGCAACAGUUCCCGUGCUUGCAGCCCAAUCCAUUCCGCGGUGCCCGAGCACCACCUCUUGGAGCUCGACCUCUCGCGCUCACCUCGCCGUCCUCGCACGCCUGCAUGCUGGCAUCCUCCUGUCCUGCUCAAGCAGACCUCUCGCCGUGGUGAGGAGAUGGCCAUGGCUACCCCAUGAAGCUUCUCUGGCGGUCGCCUUCGGCCCGCCUCCGGCCAGGAGUCGCCAUGGACUGAUGGACAUCACUGGAAGCAACUGCCGCCGUCGCUGGUCGCCUCCACCCUGUACCGGCCAAAAACCAAACGCGUGCGAGCUCCUCGUCCCAGAUCGAGGCCUUCCCUAUGUUCUCUUGCCUCCCUCGCCCGUUUCCCACCAUCGUUCAGUCCUAGAUUCAUUCUUGCACAUGAGCUUAUUUAGUGUGCCACUGUUUAUUUUCAACAAACACCUGCCAGUCGAAUUUGCUAGCAUAGCCAGCCUCAGUUCAUGAGGUCCUGUGUUCAAUCCAAUGCGUCUCCAACCUUUGGUUUUUGUCCUCUGUUUUAGCACGCGAGCGACACUGUUUUUUGUUUCAUUUCAUUCAGAUGAGCUCGAAGGGAUGUGCUAUAUUGCGCCAAACUCACCCAUUAUCAUAAUCCCUUCUUAGUCCAGCUGGUUUGUACGUGCUACUGCAACUAGAAGAGCGUGGGUUUGACUCCAGACACCCGAUAUUUU